AUGUCCCUUUUGAAGCGAGCUGGCAGGGAGAGCGAAGGGAGGGGCAUUCUCGGCGGCAAGGAGCUGCUGCACACCACCGUCCCGAUCCUACACGCCGUCUCCGCCGUAGCCGAUGGCCAGCUCCGGAGCGGUAUACAUCUACUCCACAACAACCGAGCUCUGACGCCGGCACUUGUGGCUUACAACGCGUGGAGGGGGAGGCUGCGGUCAUCAACUCGGACAGCGUCUCGGAGACUCAAGAUGGCACCGAUCCUGGGACAAACAAUAACAACUAAGGCGAUGGCUCAAUAUUGGUUCGAUCUUGGAGGCCAAACAAACCACAGCCGGACGUACGGGAAGAAACUUAAUCUCCCAUCUGCAGGACUCCGGGCGGGAGGCUGCUCUUAUACGCUGCACGAGAUAUACUCGGUCUCACGUAUAUGCAAGGGUGUGAGGGGAUGGGGUGUACGGCAGGUGGGCAGGUGGGCAGGGUGCGGCACUGUAUUACCCAGUGGGAAUCCAACAACCAACCCCCGAUCCAAGCCCGGCCUUUUUGAGUUUUGUGUAAGCCAAAAUCCACCCUCCUCCCCGUCGUCGGCAUACAUCCCGGCUCACCCCGGAUCGGGGCGGGUGGCCUCGGCAAAGCCCGCCAUGCAAUCCCGCGCCGGCAAAAACGAAAACGCUGCAGCGGAUUGGUCCGCCUGGGCCUCUGUGCCGUGGUCCCCCGUGUACCGUCCGGGCACUGGAACGGAGACCGGAGUCAACACCGGAACCAACUCCGGCGCCACGACCGGGUCGUCCCCGAUCGGCUGGCUCAAAUCCGGAAUCCCCUACCUGCCCGCAGACAACAACAACAACUACAACAACAACAACAACAACAACACCACCACCACCCUCCAAACCCUCGACGUCUGGAUCCCCGCCAACAACACCACAACCCCUCCCCCCGCCUCCUCCCCACCCCCGCACAACUCCCCCAACAACCACUACCUCAUCUACAUCCACGGCGGCGCCUGGCGCGACCCAACCAUCACCUCUGCCUCCUUCACCCCAACCGCCACCAACCUCCUCCUGCGCGCCCAAGCCUCAUCCCCAACCCCAACCCCGACCUCAGCAGAGACGGGGUCCCGUCGUGAUGAUGAUGGGGGUUGUGGUUUCGCGGGCCUCAUCUCGCUGAACUACCGCCUCUCGCCGCACCCGGCACACCCACCGGCGAGUGCGGAGGAUGCUGUGGCGAGGGGGGUGAGACAUCCGGGGCAUGUGGCGGAUGUGAGGGCGGGGUUGGCGUUUUUGGGGCGGUUGGGCAUUUUGAGUGGUGAUUGUAUUGAGGGUGGUGAGGGUGAGGGUGGUGAGGUUGAGGGUGAGAAGGGGGGUGCUGGCGGGGAGGAGGGGGGGGGAAAGGGGGAAGGGAAACAGCAACCGGCUGCGCUGGUGGGCUUUAACGGGCUGUAUGACCUCGCUGGGUUUAUUGCCGCGCCGCCUGAGGGGUAUGCGCACCUGAGAGACGGGUACAGAGAGUUUGUUGAGGGCGCGUUUGGUGCUAAUGAGGGGACAUGGAGGGAUGUUUGUCCCGCGACUGCGGAGGGGAAAUGGCUUGGGGAGUGGAUUGGGGACGAGGCAACGGCCAAGAAGACAGUUGUGCUGGUGCAGAGUCGUGAGGACACGCUCGUGCCGUGGGAGCAGCUGGAGGCUAUGCGGGCGCGGUUGGAGAGGGAGGGACGGGUGGAUGUGAAGGUGAUGGAGGCGACGGGUAAUCACGACGAUGUUUGGCGGGAGGGGGGGAGGCUAGCCGAGCCUCCGAGAGAUUCGUCUCCGGUUACUAUUGGCCGGACCAGCGCUAGUGCCGACUGGCCGCCCCAUCACCGUUCAGCUUCCUUCGCCAGAGACGACCACUACGCCGUCGCCAAGCCUCUGCUUGUAACAUGCACAACACCUUUCCGGGUCAGCAUUCCACCCGUCGGCUUCCGCAUCUUCAACACCGCGUCAGAAUCCAAGACGGAGUGA